CAUGAGCACGUGUUCAUUGCACUGCCUGUGUUUCAGUAAGAAGACCUGAUCAGCUGACUCGACGCAGCACGACGAACAUGAAACCGAAAGUAAAGAACACAAGUGAUCCGCGGACAUUUCACGAGCGCGAGCUUCUGUCAGCGAAACAUCUAUAUUUGUGCUGAUCUACAGCUAAAGGACAGGAUCCAUUCGGUUUAGUGUUGCGGGAGAGAGGAAAAAGGAGUUGCUGCUUUAAGACAGCUAUGUAUGGGAGUUGUAGUCCAGAGUAAGAUGCAUUAUGUGUAAUGUAGUUCAGUGUGAAAUGUGCUGGAGAGACGUGCCCUCACUGUGGGCUGUGCAGUUGAGAACGGAGGGAGAAAGUUUGUAUUCCGCUUACAAGUCAAGUAAAAUCAGUCCACCCGGGAGCUGUUUGCCACUGUGAACUUGACAACGUGAGAACGAGUAAAAAAAUGGCAUGCAUCGGUAAUUGUGUCCGUCUCUUCCCUUGCACGAACAUGAAUUGACGAGUUGUUACACUGCCGCCGGAAAUCGCUGAAGUGGAAAAAAAGUAACAUUAGUUUAGCGUUUGAAGAUGCGCCGAACGAGCUGUGUUUUGAUGUCAGUGCUGCUGAUGAUCGCCGAUGGGUUGAUUGUAAAAGGUCCCUCUGGUCCUCUGGUGGCUCCUCUGGGAUCUUCAGUGGUUUUGCCCUGUUGUGUUGAUGAACUUUUAUCAGUGGAGGAUCUGGAGGUGGAAUGGAGAAGAACGGACUCAGAGACUCUGGUUCAUCUGUAUCAGGACGGUGAGAGUCGAGCAGAAGCCCAGCAGCAGGAUUAUCAGAAUAGAGCUAAUUUCUUCACUGAUCAGAUUCAACGUGGAAACUUCUCCCUCCAGCUGGACAAACUGAGAGCUGAAGAUGAGGGACAGUAUAAAUGUAAAGUUCACAGUCAGCAAGAGUCUGGUGAGACUGUGGUUCAAAUAAAAGUUAAUGCUGAGCGUUUGCUAGUAUCAGAAUCGAGUCUCUACAUAUCUGCGUCUGUGGGUGAAGAUGCCACUCUGAACUGCUCUGUAGACUCUCACAUCCCACCCGAAGACUUUGAGGAGGUUUCAUGGAAGAAAAUAGAUGAAGAUAUUCAGGUUCUGCUCUACCAAAACAAUGAGGCACAUUCAUCAAAUGAGCGAUACAUAGACAGAGUUGAGCUCUUCACUGCUGAAAUCCCCAAAGGAAACUUCUCUCUCAGACUGAAGAGCAUCAGAACUGAGGAUAAAGGAGUUUACAUGUGUGAGGUGUUUGCUGGAGGACUUUCAGCCAAUGCAACUGUAGUACUGGAGCAACUGGGUUUCUCUGCUUCACACAUAAUGGUGCUGAUUCUCUGUAUUUCUGCAUCUGGAUCUGCACUCCUGCUCUGCUGCCUGAUCUACUGCAGAUAUCCUACUAAAGGUUUAUUUGGCCAGCAAACAUAUGGUCAAUAUUUUAAUCCGGGAUCUUCAGUGGUUUUGCCCUGUCAUGUUGACGAAUGCUUAUUAAAGAAAAAACUGAGGGUGGAAUGGAGAAGAAAAGACACUAAGACUCUGGUUCAUCUGUAUGAAGAUGGUGAGAGUCGAUCAGAGAAACAGCACCAGGAUUAUCAGGAUAGAGCUCAUUUCUUUACUGACGAUAUUGAACAUGGAAACUUUUCCCUCCGUCUGGACGAUCUGAGAGCUGAAGAUGCUGGAGAAUACAUAUGUAAAGUUCACAGUGACCUUUUUACAGUGACCAGGACAGCAGAGACAAGUUUGGUACCUGAGUUCAAAGUGAAAGGUUCCUCUGAUGAUCAAAUGGUUUCUCUUGGAGGUUCAGUGGUUUUGCCCUGUCAGGUUGACGGAAGCUUGUUACAGAAACGUCUGAAGGUGGAGUGGAGAAGAACAGACUCAGAGACUCUGGUUCAUCUGUAUGAAGACGGUGAGAGUCAACCAAAGAAACAGCACAAAAAUUAUCACAGAGCUCAUUUCAUUACUGAUGAAAUUAAAGAUGGAAACUUCUCCAUCCGACUGGAAAAAGUGAGAGCAGAAGACGCUGGAAAAUACACAUGUAAAGUUUACAGUGACCAGGAUUGUGUGCAUUCAGCCGACGCAGAGGUUGAGAUACUGGGGUUUGAUGUUCUGUGUUCCCAUUACACACUUGCUCCUCUGGGAUCUUCAGUGGUUUUGCCCUCUUAUAAAUAUAAACCUUUACCAGUGGAGGGUCUGGAAGUGGAAUGGGAAAAAGCACAUGCUACCGUUCAUCUGUAUCAGGACGGUGAGAGUCGAGCAGAGGAACAAGAUGAAGAUUAUCAGGAUAGAGCUCAUUUCUUCACUGAUCAGAUUCAACAUGGAAACUUCUCCCUCCGGCUGGACAAUCUGAGAGCUGAAGAUGAAGGAGAAUACACAUGUACAGUUUACAGUCAGCAGGAUUCUGUGUUUUCAGCUUGGACAAAAUUGGAACUGAGAUUACUAGGUAAGUCAACAGAUAAAAAUACCACAUCUUGUAGCCUUAAUCAAUGGGUUAAUUUAAUAGUUUAGUUUUAUAUACUAUAUCUGUGUUUCCAGUAAACAUAAAGUGAGUUUGGAUCAUCGUAGAGCUUGCAUAGCGAAGCGCAGUGUUGGGGAGUGACUAGUUACAUG